GCAUCUUCUUGAAACCCAUCUCAAUUCUCUCCUCUUGACAACAUGUGUUGCAACUACUAUGGCAACUCCUGUGGCUAUGGCUCCGGCUAUGGCUGUGGCUAUGGCUCUGGUUAUGGCUGCGGCUAUGGCUCCGGCUAUGACUGUGGCUAUGGAACUGGCUAUGGCUGUGGGUAUGGCUGUCGGUUUGGCUCCCGUUAUGGCUGUGGUUAUGGAACUGGCUAUGGCUGUGGAUACAGCUCUGGCUCUGGCUACUGUGGCUACCAGCCAUUUUGCUUUAGAAGAUGCUAUUCUUCCUGCUAAAACAUCACCGGCAGAUGACCAUUUGCUUCUAAAAUGACACGUCUAAAGAUAAUGCUGAUUCAAGGAUUCAUACUCCAAGAUUUCUAUAUCCAAGAAUUAUAUGCUUGACAGAGUUUUG